GUUCUUUAUUUCACCACACAGGCUCCCUAAGUGAAGAGCAGUUCUUACACAGCUGUCAAAGCUGUAGGACAGGUCAUGAGCUCUUCAUUCUGUGCCUCGUAUUGCUUGGGUCACUUUGCAAAAUCCCUUCAGUGGGCAGGUGCAGACUUGUAGCGUCAUCUCCUGGACUUUAUUUGUGCCCACAUUUAAGUUACCCUAUAGCCCUCUGUCUUCUUCAGCUCUUUGUCUGACCCUUUGAUUUUGCAUAAAUAGACAUAAUUCAUCAUCAGGAAUCAUCGAAUCAUCUGGCUAGGGAGAGAUAUUCCUUUCUCUGGUUUUUCAGGGAGUCUGUGUGAGCUGUAGUUUUCUUGGUCUCCUGAUCCUGUGGAGGCAGUUGCUGGUGGCUCAGGGAUUCAGGUAGUUUCUGUUGUCUCGCAGACAUUCCGUUCUUGGGAGCAUUCCCUGCCCAGAGCAGCGUGGCAGCCUCAGGGUGCUGCUGCAGGACCCAGCCAGCUGGCUGGGACACCUUACAGCCAGCGUGCCCUUGGGUCUGCGCCCCGAGGUGAGGAUUUCAGAACCUCUUCUUUUGCUUUCUGGGGCUUUUCUGUCCAAGUUUCUCGGCAAUAACUGUGAAGGGUUAAUGAUCCCACCGUUAGUCAUCAGUCCCUUAUCAGUAGCAGUUUGGGCUGCAAGUGUGAUGUUGUUCCACUCUCUUCCCUCAGCCCAGGAAAGAAGCUAACCUCUUUACCCUGCUGUGUGGCUGGGCUCGGGAAAGUGAGGAAACUUGAGUCAUGCUAUAUUGUUAAUAAAAAUGUUGCAAAAAUUUCCAGUUUCCCCUGCUCGAUAUUGCAACAAAUACACAAGUGUGUGAGAAACUGUUUGCACCUAAACCACAGUGAUUUUGAGAUGGGAUUGGCCAGAGUGCUCUGCAGUUAAGCAUGUUUGUCUCUGGGAGUGGGACUGUAAAGCAAGUUUUUGUAUGUAAUAUGCUGAUGUUUGCAUACAGGGAUUCUGGAUGGCUAAGUAUGUUGCUGUGAACUUAUUUUGCAGAAGGUUAUAUCAAAAUAUACAUAUAUUAUUGUGCAAAUCACCUAGUGAUUAACCAAACCUCAAGGUUAGGAACCAUCUGCAAGGCAGUUUUUUCCCAAUUAGAUGCUGUGGGACAUUAAAUGGUCUGACCUGUGCUAAGAUCAUAUGGUUCACAGUCCUGUCUGCUAUAUCCAUGUGCUUGAAACUGGAUUGUGGCCCUAUGAAAGAAACAAAAAAAUGCUGUGGCUGCCUGGCUGUGGCAGCGUGCUCAAGCAGAGCAGCACAGCUUUCCACUGCCCACUGCAUUUGGAGAAGGGAUCAUGGGAGAGCACCGCUCCUGGUUCUUACCUCUGUACAUCUCCAGCCUGUCCUCAUGGGAAGGACUUUUUAAGAAAACAUCCUUUUUCCUGUUGAUUUUUUUUCUUUUUAAGAAAAGAAAAUGGUGACAAUCUUGGCUGUCACCACUUUCCCAACAGCAGAUUCAUGGGGUCCCUGAGAGCACUGGGUUUUUACAUUAGCAGUUGCAUUUUCAGUGACAGCUGUGCCUAGAAACGUGUGUCUACAUGUCAUCGGACACAUGUAUGUGUCUAAAAAAAGGUUUUGAGCUCAUCCUAGUAAUUCAGAUGAAUAACCAUUGAGUUGAUUCAUAGAUUUCUGUAGAGAUGCUGGUAAAGUUCUCUAUAAAGACUAAGUCAAAGGGUCUGGGCAUGGAAAACUAAACCAAGGAUCUCUUGUGCCUUAAACAGAUAUUCAUGGCCAAACCAACAGAGUGGUCAAAUCAGCUAAGUCCUGAAUAGUGUGUCUCUAUAGAGCAGAGAAAGAGAUGUGCAUUUGGAAGCCCCAAAGACCUAGUUCUGCAAAAUUUGUAAUGGCCAAUUAUUUGUUAGGAAAAGUGAUGAUUCACUUUGGCUUCAGUACACUAAAAGAUUAAAAAAAAAAAUUAAAGCCUGUUAGUUUUCUUGCUUUCUGUCCCUUACUGGUUUUGGUUUUUAUCAGUAACUUUUGUUUCUUUAUUUCAUUUUUCUGUCUCUUCCUUCAUUCUGUUUCCUAAAUACUGUUGCUCUCUGUCUUUUCACUUGAGUUCAUCCCCUUGAGUUUGCUUGAAACCUGGUCAGGGUUUCAGCACUGUGCUUGCUGCUGGAGGAGGUCAAGGGCUGCUCAUGAGCAAUAACACUGGCCUGCUGCUCUCUACUCAUCUGCAGAGUCAAACUGUUUAAAAUUAAGAUCCUGCUCCCACUCAACUUCUCCAUUUGGGGUUUUCCCCAAAGCUUCCCAGAAGCAGAUGGUGCUUCCUGGAGCUGUGCUUGCAGAGCGCUACAGUUUCUGCAGCACUGCCUCCUCCCAAGGAAUCCAGCUGGAUGUGCCCUUCCCUCAGAGCUGGCAGGCUCAGGGGAAGUCUGUGUACCAGCUGUUGUGCUGUUCUGGUGUCAGCCUGUGUGCGGUCUACAGCCUGACCGGGAAGCAACCUGAGGACAGGUGCUGACGGCAGGGAUGAAAGGACACCUUGUGGGUUAAAAAUCCUGACUGUAGAAGGGAGCUUAGGCUGCGCUGAGAAAUGCAACUCAAAUCAAUUUAAUUGAUCCCAUAAAGAAGCAGCAUGCCUGCAAAUUGGUGCCUUUCCCUUGGCCACUGACUUCAUGAUGCAAUGAUUUGUCUGUUCCAGAGCUUCAUGGAAGGUUCAGGAAAACAUGCCGUAGGCUGAGAUAGCUCCUGGGAGGGGAGAUGGAAAUUGAAAUAGGUUAGAAAUGCUUUGGGAAAAGGCGAAAGAGGCUAUAUGUUGCAUUAGGUACAAAAGAGAAUAGACACUUUCUUUGGAAAAUUAGUAUUUUAAAUAACAGAAGACUUAAAAAUUACUGCUUUCAGAGAAAAUAUAAUAGGUUACUUUAGGAAAGGAAGGAAAAAAAAAAAAGAGAGAGAGAAAACAAGAGACCAGAAAGCAAAGGAAGAGGGCAGAGGAGGAUAAAGAAAGAGUGGGGGUAGAGAUGGAGCCUAAGGCACUGCCUCGAGGGCAGCACAUUUUGGACUGAGGAGGGAGGCUGAUGCAGAAAGAGGGAGACGGAGGCUGCCAAGAAUCCUGCAUGUACAAUUAAGUUGAGACUACAAAACCAUUAGGGUUUAUGGCCACUUAAGUUAUUACAAAACCAAAUAAAAUGUUUAUUUUCUUAAAAUGGAUUUUAUUUCCGUUUGAGAGUUCUGUUUGAAUGUCUCAUGCCUGUGCAGCCUGUGGCAUGAGCUGAUGUGACCGAGCCAGUGCUGCUUCCUCUGUGAGCUGCCACUUCACUUCCUGCAAUGGGUGGGCUCGCCCGGCUUUGCCGAGGCUACUGUGGAGGGCUUCACAGGAUUGGACCUGGGUGUUUCUUAGGUUCUUGUGUGCUUCCUGCUGCCCUUCUACUUUUUCUUUGAUCACAUCACUCAUCAGUUUUAUGGAAGGUGAAAUCUACUCUGUAUCUUGGAUUCCGACUGUGAGAAACGUCCUUGGUAACCUUGUGUUGCUCCAGAUGUUCCGAGAGCCCAUGCGCUGGAAGCCAGGAGUGGGAGCAAAGCUGCUGCAAGCCGCCCCGAGUCCCUGACAGAAUUAAUAUAGCCAAAAACUUGCACAUAAUUCAGUAAAAUAAGAGUUUACUGCUAGAAAUGAAUGAUCAAUGGGAAAAAGAAAGAUGUCAAGUUAAGAGGCUUCAACUCCUGUAACACCUAAACUGAAGAUGAGAACCCUCCUGCCAGCAGCAGCCUGCUGCAAGCGGUAGCCGAGGCAGAGUGGCUGCCAGGGAGUGUUUGAAGAGCUUCUCCCUGCGUCUGCUUCGCUUCCCAGGGCAGCUCCCAUGGCCUGUGACGAACCCGCUGCUCUCACGGGCAUCUUCACGCGCCAGAACUCCUCCAGCACCAACUCCCUGGACUUCGAGCCCGACGCCGACUACAAAUUUGUGGAAAGCCUGGAGGAGCGCUACAAGUGCGCCUACUGCCACCUGGUCCUGCACAACCCCCACCAGACGGGAUGCGGGCACCGCUUCUGCCAGCAGUGCAUUCUCACUCUGAGAGAGUUAAAUGCAGUACCCACCUGUCCUGUCGACAAAGAAACAAUAAAAAUGCAUGAGGUAUUCAAAGACAACUGCUGUAAAAGAGAAGUUCUCAACUUGUAUGUGUUCUGCAAAAACUUUCCUGAUUGCAAUACAAAAGUAAUUCUGGGGCGAUAUCAGGAGCAUCUGCAGCAGUGUUUGUUUGAAAGCAUGCAAUGCACUAAUGAUGGAUGUCGGGAUCGAAUUCUUCGCAAAGACCUGAAGGAGCACUUGAGCCAGCACUGUAAAUUCCGAGAAGAGAGGUGCCAGUACUGUAAUACAUAUGUGGUGUUAAUUAACAUACAGAAUCAUGAGAAAAAUGACUGUCCUGAUUAUCCUGUGCCUUGUCUCCAAAACUGUUCACAAAUAAUUCUGAAAAAAGAGAUUGAAAAGCACCACGCUGUGUGUCCCGAGGCAGAAGUGGACUGUCCAUAUAAGCAGUACGGCUGUCAUGUAAAGGUUAAAAGAGGGAAACUUGCUGAACAUGAAAACAGCGCCCUGAGGGAACAUAUGCUGCAGAUUUUAGAGAAGAACUCCCGGUUGGAAGAGCGGAUAUCUGACCUGUAUAAGAGCCUGGAAUGUAAAGAGAUUAAAAUCCAGCAGCUAGCAGAUGCCAUUAAUAAGUGUGAGAAAGAAUUCAGACAGUAUACACAACUGUUUGGUAACAAUAGCAACUUGGUGAUAAGCUCUCAGGCUCUGGCCAAUCACCUGGAUAAGUCUGCACGCCUGGAAUCGCAAGUGAAACAGCUAAUACAGAUGGCAAACCAGCAGCAAAGUAAAUUAGACCUGCGGCCCCUGUUUGACACAAUUGAAACCGUGAAACAGAAGAUUGCCCUGAUGGAGACGUACGACCAGCGCUUGGUUGUUUUGGAAGAUCAGUCCAGCAAACAUGAUCUCCAGAUCAAUAUUCACAAAGCACAGCUCAAUAAAAACGAAGAACGAUUUAAGCUUUUGGAAGGCACGUGCUACAAUGGGAAAUUAAUCUGGAAAAUCACGGACUACAAGAAGAAGAAAAGAGAGGCAGUGGAAGGCCGUGUGCUGUCCAUAGCCAGCCAGCCCUUCUACACCAGCCGCUGUGGGUACAGGUUGUGUGCCAGAGCCUACCUGAACGGGGACGGCUCGGGAAAGGGAACGCACAUCUCCCUCUACUUUGUGGUCAUGAGGGGCGAGUUUGACUCGCUGCUGCUGUGGCCUUUCAAGCAGAAGGUUACACUUAUGCUUUUGGACCAAAGUGGGAAAAAAAAUCACAUUGUGGAAGUCUUUAGAGCUGACCCCAACAGCAGCAGUUUCAAAAGGCCGGAUGGAGAAAUGAAUAUCGCCUCCGGCUGUCCGCGCUUUGUGCCGCACACCGUCCUGGAGAGUGCAAAGAACACCUACAUCAGAGAUGACACACUCUUCUUGAAAGUGGUCGUGGAUCUAACUGAUCUUGAGGAAUUGUGAAAAGCGCCCGGUCAAUAUGAUUGCUGUAAGCAUGAGGAACUGCUUUUGUGGCGAGCACCAGCCAUGCAAUAGCGAAUUGCCACCAGUCAGGCUACUGAGAAUGUUUCAUGGCUUUGGACUACAGGACAGAUAAUGAACUGCCAAAGCAUCAGCCUUUCCUUUUCUACCCUUUUUUUCAAGACUGCAUUUUUAAGGCAGCUAGAAGUCCAGGUUGGCACAAACAUGCAUUCAAUACAGAUUGGUUCAGUCCAGGCUGGGGGGAAUGCUUGGCUCCCAUCACCAGACUGGCAUUUGGAGAUGAACCUCCUCCAGUAAAUUCCCAGGAGCCCAGGCAGGCCUGUGGGCUCCUCUCCCUCACACAGAAGUGAAGCCAUGCCCAAACAUGCAAGUGCAUUUCAUCUGUCUGCAAUGGAAACAUUUCACAUUAGCAAAUUUGAAUCAAUGUGUCUUGAUCCCUCCAUCUCCUGGAUUUUUGAAGCAGAGAGAAUGGCUUCAGUUAGGCAGGGAAAACAUUUGCGAAGUUUCUUCAAUCUUUUUUUUUUGUUUUAACUGUGUUUUUCCAGAAAGCCCAGAGGAAGGAGCCAAUGCCUCUUACAUUUUUAGCCUGUUUUUUCAGCUGUAUGGAGUACCCCAGGUCACAACAGCUUUCUUGUGUCCUUUCCACUCCUGCCUAGUGCCUUGGGACUGGUUUCCAUUGGUGGUAAACAUCCACAGUCCCCAUCUGAAGCCAAAAGCUGCAGGUGCUUCUUACCUCUCAGGACAUGGCCAGAGGCAGGGCACUCAGCCAGCCUGCCAGCUCCUGGCUGCACUGCUGGAAGAGAGGCAAAACUCUUGUUCUUUUGCUUCCACAUCUGUGCAAAAGAGAUGUUUUCUGGCCUUACCAGCUCUACAAAAGGCAGGAAGAGCUUGGGGAAUAGCUCACUUAUGUAAACAUGCACUUUUCCUCUCUGAGAAGUUUGGGGAAGAAGGGGGAAAACAGAUUAGGGAGUGAGGUUGCUGUAAGAACCCAAUUUUGACAAUCAGUGCAGCUGUAGGGUUUGUUAAAGGAUAACACAGCUGCUGACUGUGAUGUCUGAAGAUUAAUUUUUAUUCCAAGUUCCUUCCAUAUUGCAAAGGAAUGUGUGCAUUGUACAGGGUUUACUGGAGACACACUAAAACUGCCAAGGUCAGGCACUGAGGAACAAGCGACACAGAACACAUGUGCCUUUUUAAAGCCCUUUGGGUGCCUGUGAGAGGGAUGUAAUUCUCCAUGCUUAGUGAUUUUGUUAUUACAAGUGGCAGAAUUUUGCAUCUCUCAUCUCUUACAGGUCAGGUAGAGAAACACCACAGCAUUAUCCAUUGCUCCAAAGCUUAUCAAGAGACAGCAAGAACUAAGCUGGUUUUGGAGUAAGACUAAACCAGGCAGGAUAAAAAUCAAAACAGGGCACAGACUGAAAGGUGUAAGAUAGAAAAUUCAGGAGGGCAAAUGUGGUAAAAUGAAAAAUGCCCUUCCCUUGAGGGAUGUUGAUAAGAAUCUAAAUAAUUCAAGGAUUGAUACCAAGAUGAAGUCAAAAUACUUUAUUUUGUAUCUGCAAUCUUGUUGCUAGACAUUCGCUUUCCCACAUGGUUUUCAGGACAUAAUUCAGACACAGGUAUUUUCUAACUCAGGGGUGGAGGGGAAGAGACCUUAGUAAUCUGUACCUCAUGGUGGGUUAGCACAUGUGAAAUCUUUGUUUUGAUCUAGAAGUCCUUUUUGUUUUAUAAUGUCAAGAUGUACUGAGCCACCAUAGGGGCUUUCCAUGUUCGCGGGGACAGAUUGUGAAGAACAAAUUUAUUCUUGUGUACCACCACCAUUGUCCUCAAGAGUCAUUUCAGCUGUAAAACAUUAGGCAUAACACUUGGUUACAGAAAUUAAUUAGGCAUAACACUUGGUUACAGAAAGAGCAGGCUUGUUUUGACAGUGGUGUGCCAUUCUGUGACAUCAACCCUGAGCCUGGAUUUCAUGUCGCUCAUUACUUUAAAAUUUGCCAUGUAACCUUCAAAGUGACACAACUUCCAUAAUAACCACUAACAACUGAUGGGAAUGUGUCAUCCGUGUGUCCUGGGGCUCUCCAGUACACUGAGUGUUAAAUAGAGAAAGUGAUAAAGAACUCGGACAAGCAAGGGAGGCAAGAUGGAAAGGAUGUGUGUGGUCUGUAUCCUGGCAAAUUCCCAGCCCUCUCUGCCUCCACCACCCCAAAUGUAAAAUGGGGAUAAUAAUACUUGCAGAAGCGUUAGGGCUGUUUAAAUGUUUGUGAAGAAGUUUGAGCAUGAAAAGAGCUAAGUAUUACUAAAACUCCAUUUCUAAUUGUUAGAAUAGGUGAUGGCAUAGUGAUGUGGAUAAGUGUUUAGUGUUUUCCUAGACAGAUUUUGGAAGCAUGUUUGGUUUUUUGCAGUUCCUACUGCAGUGUCUCCUCUACCUACUGGUUGGGUUUAGGUUUUUGCCAUGAAUAUUCCUUUUAAAAUUCUGAAGCACAAAUUCAUCCUGGGUGAUGGAAACAUCCCUUUUGAAAUACUGCCUGUUUUAUAAAGAAUGAGUUGAGAAAAUUAAUUUUUUAAAAAACAACCUUCUUUAAAUUUGUUCGUUUUAGUACAGAAAUUAAGAGAUUUAUGUUAAAAUUUUCAGUGAUUUUUUUACUGCUUGUAAACAGGGUUUUAAAUUUCAUCCCAUUCCUAAUAAAGAAAAAAUGUUGUAUAGCAUGAACUGUCAGGAAGAAUUUUGAUGUUGCAUGAAGAAUACCAAAAAACUUUUCAGUAAUAUUGUACUGGGUAAGUAACCAAAAGAGCAUAGGGUAUUUCUACAUCAGUGUACCAUAUGUUUCUAAUGUAUUUAUUGAGAGUUUGUAGUUGUUUGAAUAUCUCUUAGUACGAUAGAGGCAUUUUUCUAGCCGAAUGUCUUUACUGUGUACAUAAACUAAUGUAAGAAUAAAUAAUUUUAUCAUCCUUCUGG